AUGGUGGCUAGUCUUUUAGUUUUAGCCCUGGCAUCAAUGUCAGCAGCUACUUUCAUCAAUGUCCUAAAUGAUACUUUCCAAGAUCUCAGCAACUGGAAAAUGAUGGUUAGGUACAGCGUGAACUCAGGAAAUAAGAUUGAGAUUAGGAUUUAUAUGGCCAUAAGCAGGGCCCCCACUAGCUGGACUACCUUUAAUUCAGGAGAGGUGGCCUACACUGGGUGCGUAUACAUUAAAAUCAAAAAAGGUGUGAGGCCUGGGCCAAAAUUCCACCCUCUUGAAUUUUCUGGCUUAACUCAUCUAAACUAAGAAUCGACUCCAUAGAUUAUAGCCACCUCUUGCAGUUGCCUCGCCUGCCCCGAUAAGCAAGACUAAGUGGAGGCAAAACCUUUCUAGUCUAUCUGGUAGAGACAGGGAAACCUUAGGGAGGAGCAAAACUUCCCUUUCGGCAUCCCCAACCCUAAGGCUUGUAAAAAGUGACAGAGACUGUUUUCUACUUUACCACGAUGGUUUCUACCUGUCCAUAGGAAAUCUAUCUUCUUCCAGCACCACCAUUUUAUUUCUUCAGGAAUAAGGAAUGGCAAUAUUAUACAAACAGAUCAAAUAAUGUUUACAUUACCCAAGUAAACGGCCAAAAUGCGCUUAUUCUUAAAGCAAUCCAGGAAAAUUACCUAGGCGCCAAUUUCACCUCUGGAAGAGUUUAUUCUGCGAGCUCAUGGGGUCCAUAUGGAUUUUUCAACGUAAAAGCAAUCGUGCCUAAAGGAAAUGGCAUAUGGCCUGCAAUUUGGCUCCUCCCACCAAACUCACGUAGCAUAUAUGGAAAUUGGGCUGCUUGUGGAGAAAUUGACAUUAUGGAGACAAUAUGCACAAACACUGCUGGAUACGCCACUUUACAUUUUGGAGGAGAAUCGCCUAACACUGCUUCGGCUCCCUCGAAUAAUACAUAUCCAUUUAUAGCUGACUGAAGUAAUGCGCACUGGUAUGGGGUUGACUGGCAGCCUACUUAUAUGAGUUUCUGGUAUGACGCUCAAAUAGUAAAUGGAGUUAUAACUGGAGGCAAUUUGAUAAGCAGCAUUUCUUCAAGCAGCUGGUAUUCUGUGAAUACGACUACUGGGCAAAGAUACCCAGGAAAUGCGCCGUUUGAUACACCUUUUAAUAUUGUUCUUAAUGUGGCUGUUGGUGGAACCUGGCCUUGCUCGAGACCUGGAUGCUGCAGCAAUAUAGCUGCGCCAGCUCAAAUGACUGUUUUUAACGUACAGGUUUGGCAAAAUGCGCAGUCAGAAGACCAACUUUAA